AUGGCUAACAAGGGUAACGACUUAGCUUCUGUUAUUCGCCCAUUGGCUAAGAAACUAACUCAAGAAAGAUUGGAGCGUCCCGAUUAUGUUGGGGACAUAUUUGAAAGACUAGCCAAAAUUAAGCUGCCGUACUUUAAGAGGAAAGCUGACCCUACCUUCUUAGCGAGGCGGAUUAGGGAGUUUAAAAAGAUUUUCGGGGGUGUGAACUGUCAUGAGGGUAUGACAGUAGGUCAAGUUGUAUUGUAUGUGAAAGAUGAGACUGACUUAUGGUGGAAAGAAAAUGGGGCUAGACUGAGUGUUAUUGAGGGAUUUAAUUGGGAUUCCUUUAUUACUGCUUCAAGAAGGAAGUUUUACCCUGCUUUUAUGAGGAAAGCGAAGGCCCAUGAAUUUAUAAACCUUAGGAUAGGAAGCAUGACCAUCUCUAACUACUAUAGUAAGUUCAUAGCAUUGUCGAGGUUUGCACCUGACGUAGUAGCCACUAAGGAGUUAAAGGCUCAAAGGUUUGAGCAAGGGUUGCCUUAG